UCUCCCCCUUCUCCCCCUUCUCCCCCUUCUCCCCCUUCUCCCCCUUCUCCCCCUUCUCCCCCUUCUCCCCCUUCUCCCCCUUCUCCCCCUUCUCCCCCUUCUCCCCCUUCUCCCCCUUCUCCCCCUUCUCCCCCUUCUCCCCCUUCUCCCCCUUCUCCCCCUUCUCCCCCUUCUCCCCCUUCUCCCCCUUCUCCCCCUUCUCCCCCUUCUCCCCCUUCUCCCCCUUCUCCCCCUUCUCCCCCUUCUCCCCCUUCUCCCCCUUCUCCCCCUUCUCCCCCUUCUCCCCCUUCUCCCCCUUCUCCCCCUUCUCCCCCUUCUCCCCCUUCUCCCCCUUCUCCCCCUUCUCCCCCUUCUCCCCCUUCUCCCCCUUCUCCUUCUCCCCCUUCUCCCCCUUCUCCCCCUUCUCCCCCUUCUCCCCCUUCUCCCCCUUCUCCCCCUUCUCCCCCUUCUCCCCCUUCUCCCCCUUCUCCCCCUUCUCCCCCUUCUCCCCCUUCUCCCCCUUCUCCCCCUUCUCCCCCUUCUCCCCCUUCUCCCCCUUCUCCCCCUUCUCCCCCUUCUCCCCCUUCUCCCCCUUCUCCCCCUUCUCCCCCUUCUCCCCCUUCUCCCCCUUCUCCCCCUUCUCCCCCUUCUCCCCCUUCUCCCCCUUCUCCCCCUUCUCCCCCUUCUCCCCCUUCUCCCCCUUCUCCCCCUUCUCCCCCUUCUCCCCCUUCUCCCCCUUCUCCCCCUUCUCCCCCUUCUCCCCCUUCU